UUUUGGCCGUGCUGCGUGGCAUGUGGGAUCUUAGCUCCUUGACCAGGGAUCGAACCCGCGCCCCCUGCAUUGGAAGCGCGGAGUCUUAACCACUGGACCGCCAGGGAAGUCCCGGCUCUGUCCUUUCUAAGCUAUCCCGGGGGCUUUGAUUUGAGAUGGGGUCCGGGAAUGAAUUGACUAAGGAGAUAACUGGGGGCUUUAACCAGAAGGGUGCACACCGGGAGGGGAAGAGCAGCAAAGAGGCCUGCCUGGCUCUGGGCCUGAUUCGUGGGUGAAUCAGCCUUGCCCUGUGGACCCCCAGCUUCCCCCUGGGGAGAGCUGCCCAGAGGCAGCCGCCCACCAGAGAAGAGGGUAUCACUGCCGGCCCUUCCUGGCUCCUUUUGGCAUUUGGCUUUCCCCUGACCACUCCAGUGCUCGGGAGAAAAGAGCCCGCUGGCUUAUUGAGUCCAUGCCUCCACUUAACUUGCUGUGCAGCCCAGGACGUUUUCUGAGCCUCCCUUGACCCUUGUAUAAAAUGACCAGAGCCAAUGUUCCCCAGGGACCUGCUACGAAGAUAGUUUGUGCUUCUAGGCGGGUGAAAGAGGCAAAACCUUCCUCUGCCUUUGCAACCACUUCCUCUGGGGUAUAGGGACAGGUGAAGUUCAACUGUUGCAAACUGGAGUUUUAUUUGUUCUGCACGAGGCUUUUUAAAUGGAGAAAUUUCACAUUAAGGAAAUUACAGACUUCUGGCUUCUCUUGAAAAGCUUAGAAGGGGGCCCACAGUCCCUCCUAUCCACAGCGGCUUCAUUGCCCUACAGUAACCCUCUGGUUAUUUUGGUCAUUUUGCUUUACUUGAUUUUGCACUGCCUCCGGCCAGAUACCAGAAUUGCAAUCCCUGGAUUAAUGGGGGUUCCUGGAGGUGUUCCCCUCCAUGGCCACCAGGGGGCAGGGCAGACCUGUGGCGGUGCCGGCUUCAGGCCUGUACCAGGCAGAGCUGAGGGAGCGGAUGGCAGUACCUCCCUCCAAGGCCCUAAAGAGGGCCUGGCAGGACACAGGCUGGGGCUGGGAACCCUGCCCCGGUGGGAUGCUCAGGAGGCUGCCCUUCCAGGUGAUCGUGUACGAAAUGGAGAACUUCCAGGGCAAGCGGUGCGAGCUCUCGGCCGAGUGCCCCAACCUGACAGAAAGCCUGCUGGAGAAGGUGGGCUCCAUCCAAGUGGAGUCGGGGCCGUGGCUGGCAUUUGAGCGCAGGGCCUUCCGCGGGGAGCAGUAUGUCCUGGAGAAGGGGGAUUAUCCUCGCUGGGACGCGUGGUCCAACAGCCACCGCGGUGACAGCCUCCUGUCCCUCCGGCCUCUGCAAAUUGAUGGUCCGGAUCACAAGCUGCAUCUCUUUGAGAACCCGGCUUUCGGCGGCCGCAAGAUGGAGAUAGUGGACGAUGACGUGCCCAGCCUCUGGGCUCACGGCUUCCAGGACCGUGUGGCGAGCGUCCGGGCCAUCAACGGGACCUGACGUUUCCUGCUCCUUCAGGCCCGGAGGCCCUUCACUCAAGUCAGUGCGUCUAUACCAACGGUGCUCAAAGCCCCAUUCAAGAUCCCCCAUGAGGCGAAUGUCCAAUUGCUUGCAUUCCUGUACCAUUGGUUGUCCAGGAAGCCUUGACUUAUAGACAGUUUUAUCUUUUUUUUUAACCAAGUGAAGUCUGUCCCCCUUACCUGUCUCCAGCAAAAUCUUCACUCCUUUUCUGAACAUCCCUAGGCCCUUGAACUCAGAUAUUUUUUUCCU